ACAUAAUUCCGCUUUAUUUACUUUAGGAAUUAAAAUCUUAUCUGUUAUCAGAAAUGUGAGGUUAGAUUACAAAUCAUUCGAUUUUUGAGUAAAACCAACGAUGUUAAUUAAAUUUCUCUCUUUUUUUGUCCAUAUUUUAUUACUAACCGAGUGUACGUUAACCCCAAAGUCGCGAAAAAGCGGGGAAAAAGGUUCAAAACCGGAUAAAUCUGAAGUAGUGAGAUCAGGUCCUGAUGAAAUUGAUGUUUUUGAGAAAAACUUAGUUGUUAAUCCACCAACAGCUAAAGAAAUCAUUAAUAAUCAUAAAGCUUAUUGCAAAAAGACCCAUAUUAAGCGUACACAAGGAAAAUCUUUGGCUUAUAUUACUCCUUGGAAUAAUAAUGGUUAUAACGCCGCAUUUAUAUUCGCAAAUAAAUUUACUCACAUCAGCCCAGUUUGGUUGCAAGCAAAACGUGUGGAUAAAGGAGUUUAUGAAAUUUUGGGUCAACAUGAUGUUGAUAAAGACUGGAUGGCCGAUGUUAAAAGAGCUGGAAAAGCUAAUAACUUAAAAAUUGUUCCUCGAAUAAUCCUUGAAAAUUGGUUGGCUGAAGAUUACGUAAAAUUAUCGAUGAUGCAAGAUGAAUGGGACGGCUUCUCAAAUACCUUAAUUAGAACCGCACAAAAACACAAAUUUGAUGGUUACGUAAUCGAGAUUUGGUCCCAAGUAAUCGGUAGACUCCGUAGUGAUCUCAUUAUAAAUUUGGUGCAGGAAGUUUCGAUGCGAGUACGUAAAGAAAAAUUAGAAAUUAUUUUAGUGAUCCCUCCGAUGCGCUCAAAAACGCCGUUAUUCGAUCAAAACAACUUUAACGAUCUUUACGAUUACGUUGAUGGAUUUUCGUUGAUGACGUACGAUUUUUCUAAUGUGCAUAGACCAGGUCCGAACGCCCCAAUUCGUUGGAUUGAGGAUUGCGUUAAAUUAAUAGCUCCCGAUAUUGAGAAGAGAGAAAAAAUAUUUACUGGAUUUAAUUUGUAUGGUUAUGAUUUUACCCCGAGUGGUGGUGGCGCAGUUAUUAACCACGAUUAUUUGAAAUUAUUAAAAAAAUUUAAAGGAAAAUUGCAAAUUGAUGAGAAAAGUCAAGAACAUUACUUUGAGGUUAAAGAGGAGGAUGGGAAACACAUCAUAUUUUACCCAACUUUAUUUACGAUUAAUGAGCGGGUUAAAUUGGUGAAUAAAUUGGGAACUGGGGUUUCUAUUUGGGAGUUGGGACAAGGACUCGAUUAUUUUUUUGAUUUGUUUUAAAAAAAAGUAUUAAUAUGCAACCCAUAUUACACUUAAGCAAAUUUGGUUGAAUUUUUUUUAAUUAAAUCUGAAAAAUAGGUUAUUAAAUAAAAGUAUUUUUAAUAAUCUACA